UUCCCCCGACAGAUGUGCUCCUAUUGAUUCGCCUUCUCUGCGCUCGCUGCUCUGGGAGAAGAUGGAGCGGCGGAAAGGACGGAGGGGCUCGCGGGGAAGGAGGAGGAGGAAGAGGGAAUAGACCCCGCACCUUCCCCCCUUCUGCGCCCGAGGACAGCUAAAGAAGCGGCGGCCAUUGAAAUUGGAGGCCCUUGAGGGAAAUCCAGGGCCGCCUUCGCGUUUUGAAGAGGUGUGUCCCAACCUGCCUCCCGUACCCUCUCUUCCCGCCAAAAACGUGAGAGUUCUUGAGGAGAGGGCGUGGCGCUGAGGAAGUGGGAGGGGCAUAAGUUCGCCCCGCCCCUUUGUAAGGUUGGCAAGAAGAGGGGGAGAGAGAGAGAAAGAGGGACCUAUUGGACCACUUUCCCCAAGGGGGAGGGGCUAUGAUGGCAUUGGGACCGCCCUCAGAGGCGGAGCUACACUGGGCCUGGCCUCUCUGAGGAAAGGGGAAGAGCCAAGAGUCUGAGGGAGCUGUUAGUUCAUGAGACAUUGAAGGAGGAGCCACAGCACUGAGAGGCAGCCAAGGCAUUCAGAGAGGAGUCACUGAGGAGCCAAGAAAUUGGAGGAGGAGCUAAGGUGCAGGGGGAGGAGCCAAGAAAUUGAAAGAGGAGCUGGCACUGAGGGAGGAGUCAGUGGAUUUUGGGAGGAGCCAAGACAUUGAAGGAGGAGCCAAAGCAUAGAGGGAGGAGCCAAGACACUGAGGGAGGAGUCAGUGGAUUUUGGGAGGAGCUAAGGCAUUGAAGGAGGUGCCAAGGCAUUCAGAGAGGCAAUGCCAAAGCACUGAGGGAGGAGCCAAGGCAUUGAAGGAGGAGUCAAAGCAUAGAGGGAGGAGCCAAGACACUGAGGGAGGGGUCAGUAGAUUUUGGGAGGAGCUAACGCAUUGAAGGAGGUGCCAAGGCAUUCAGGGAGGCAAUGCCAAAGCACUGAGGGAGGAGCCAAGGUACUGAGGGAUUCAAGGAGGCACUACUAAAGCACUGAGGGAGGAGCCAAUGCAGUGAGGGAGGUGUUAGUGUAUUUCCCCAGCCUUUAGUGGGCGUGGCCUCAUCAUGGCCCCUCCCUCUCUCUGAGGGGGCGCCUUCCCUGAGGCGACCGGCCAUGAAGCUCCUCCGCCUGCUCUGCCGCCACAAGAGGGCGCUGGGCCUGGGGGGCCUGGCGCUCUUUGGGGCUGUGCUCCUCUACCUGGCCAAGUGCACCUCGGAGGGCCUGAAGCCCUCGCAGGGCUGGGGUCUGCCCCACCACCAGCAGCAGCAGGGCCCUCCUGGCCGCCCAGGGAGCCUGCCUGGGCCGCGUCCCCCACUUGCCGCUGUCGCCCCGGCCCCUGCCCCCGAGGAGACGGCCUUCCUGGCGGUGCUGGUGGCCAGCGGACCCAAGUACACCGAGCGGCGCAGCAUCAUCCGCAGCACGUGGCUCUCGGGGGCCGGCAGUGGCGGGGCCGUCUGGGGCCGCUUCGUGGUGGGCACCGGAGGGCUGGCGGAGGAGGAGCGCCACACGCUGGAGCUGGAACAGAGCCGGCACCGGGACCUGUUGCUGCUCCCGGACCUGCGGGACUCCUACGAGAACCUGACGGCCAAGGUCUUGGCCAUGUACGUCUGGCUGGACCAGCACCUGGACUUCCGCUUCGUCCUCAAGGCCGACGACGACACCUUCGUCCGCUUGGAUGUCUUGGUGGAAGAACUGAGGUCCAAGGAGCCGCGCCGCCUCUACUGGGGCUUCUUUUCGGGCCGCGGGCGCGUAAAAUCCGGCGGCAAGUGGAAGGAGAACGCCUGGCUGCUCUGUGACUACUACUUGCCUUACGCCCUCGGAGGGGGCUACGUGAUUUCCGCUGACCUGGUGCGCUACUUGCGCCUCAGCCAGGAGUAUCUCAACGUCUGGCAGAGCGAGGACGUCUCCUUGGGGGCCUGGCUCGCGCCGGUCGACGUCAAGCGGGUCCACGACCCCCGUUUCGACACGGAGUACAAAUCCCGAGGCUGCAACAACAAGUACAUUGUGACGCACAAGCAGAGCAUUGAGGACAUGUUGGAGAAACAUCAGACUCUGGCCAAAGAAGGGAAGCUUUGUAAAGAGGAGGUGAAACUCAGGCUGUCGUAUGUGUAUGACUGGAGCGUCCCUCCUUCGCAGUGCUGCCAGAGGAAAGACGGCAUUCCCUGAAGCCCCAGGAUUGAGAAGGAAGGGAGCAUGAACUUGGGAGGGAGCACUAGUGGGGACAGAUGUGCAACACAUUGCUGUAUGUGGCUAGAGCUUUUAAAUCACUCCGAGAUUUCACACAGUACAUCAAGCCAUAUUGCAUCGCUCUUCCUUUCCAGAGGUAGCAAGCUUUGUUUCAAGAUGCAAUGUGCUCCCAAAAAGCACGGAGCAAGUUAUGGCUCCAAGAAAGGGAUGUGAGACGAUGGUCAGUUGGGGGUGGAAAAACUGAACCAUUUUGUAGGUUCUUUAUGUUACUAUCCUAAGCCAUCCUAUAGGUAAAUAAACCCAAUAAUCCAAAGCUGCUGCUAGUCGACAAGUCUUGGAAAGUACGAGUAAAUUUGGGUUGAGGAUAUCAACAAACAAAAAAGGAAAUGUUAACCAGAAGACCAAAUGAGUUGUUUGUGUUAGUAUGUCCUAUGCUUCUCAUUGCACAACACAUUCCAUAAAUAGUCUGACAGUUGGUCCAAAACGAGAAACUAGUGUGGAAAGAACUGUGCCAGAAUAUGAUCGCCUUGAAGGGAUGCUACGGCGACUGCAUCUUGGGCAUCCCUAAAAUGUCACCCGCUUAAGUGGUUGCCAGAUUGGUCACCAAGGCUGUGGUUCCAUACAGACAGGCCAAAAUGAAGCUGCUUCGGGUCACUUUGGAGGUAUGCUGUUUAAAUGAUGCAUGGGUCCUAAGACUCCGGAAGUUGCA